AUGUGGCAUACCACGCUCGCGCAUUCGAACGGGCAGCUGUUCGUGGCACAUCGCAGCAUCACAGAAAGGAACGGCCUUGGUGUAGUUCUAGCUAUGGGCGUCGAUGCACCCAGCGUCAUGCGAGUCUACCGUCUCUUCCCUGACGGUGCAUCCUGCUUCUCAGAAGCAUCGCCAUCCCCCAAGACGACAUUGCCGAUUCCACUCGACUCAUAUCCAGAAGGGGGCAAAGAUGGCGUGGUCUACGUUUCCUGCUACGUGGCCUUCAACGACGUCCUGACGGAGAACCUGGAUCUGGUGAUCAAGGCGUGGAACAGGGCCGAGGAACUCGCUGGGGACAGCUGCUUAGGAGAUCGGAGGACACCGCUCCCGAAGACCCAGUGCGACCUGCUCGUUGAGAUUGGAAUCGGGGACAUCCUGUCUCUAGGCAACAACAUGCACUCGGCAUGCACCGUAAAAGGAUUCCGGCACCAGCCUUUGGUCGUAUCCUGGAGCCCCAGACGACUAGUACUACAGAGGUCAGAGGAGCCGAUAAUCCGUGAUGUGGAUGCUGGCGUGAGCGGGAUUUGCCAGGUCAUGCAUAGGAGUGCAGGGGCUUCUCCCGAGUACAAUACGAGUGGGCGUCUUGAGCUACAGGCCGCACAUCCACGCGGGCGACACACUGCCGUAUGCGCUGACGAUGCUGAACUCCAUCAAGGCCGAGAGGAACAGCGACAGGUACAGCGAUCCAACUCCCAGCAGCUGCCUCUGGAGGCUACGCGAGAGGUCACCUCCUUUCCCAGUCGCCAGCAGUACGAUGAUGUGGCCGCCGUACGCUGGACAACAUUCCCAGGAUGCACCGGUCAGUUCGUGCAUCAUUCCAGCUCUGUACGGCGUCUCGCAGGCAGCACCAGCUUCUGGUAA